GAAGAAGAAAAAAACAACACAGACUCCCAUGAUGCACUGCACUGCCAACGUAUGCAAACAGGAACAUGGCUACCGGUGUUUAACAUCAGAAGUCCAACGUUAAAAGACACUUCUGUCGGCUUGACACAGUCUGUGACAACAUAAUACUCUCUGUGCCUCCGCCACAGAAGAAAAGCCUUCGUAGAGUUGAUCGGCGGAGCCAGCAGAGCCUCUGAAAACAGCGUCUCCGUUGUUCAUCAAUCACAGAGAGUGUGGGUCAACAUGGCGAGUCCAAGGACCAGAAGAGUUCUGAAGGAAGUGAGAACCCAGGACGAGAAUAAUCUAUGUUUUGAGUGUGGGGCUUUCAACCCUCAGUGGGUUAGUGUGACUUAUGGGAUCUGGAUUUGUCUGGAGUGCUCUGGCAAGCACAGGGGCCUGGGAGUACAUCUCAGUUUUGUGCGCUCUGUCACCAUGGACAAGUGGAAAGAUAUUGAGCUUGAGAAGAUGAAAGCUGGAGGAAAUGGAAAAUUCCGCCUGUUUCUUGAAGUCCAAGAUGAUUAUGAUCCCACCUGGACUUUACAAGAGAAAUACAACAGCAAAGCUGCUGCACUCUUUAGAGACAAGGUCGCAACUUUAGCCGAGGGGAAGGAGUGGUCCAUUGAGACAUCCCCGGCCAGGAACUGGACAUCUCCUCAACCCAAGGCCAGCCUUUCAUCCUCUCACCGCUCUGGAGGACCUGGACAAAACUCAGCAAAAUCUAACGACAAAGCGUUUGAGGACUGGUUGAGUGAUGAUGUUAACUCAUAUCAGAGUGGCGGGGGUUACAGCGGGAAUCAAGAGAAUCGUUAUGUUGGCUUUGGCAACACAGUGACCCCAGAGAAGAAAGAGGAAGACUUCAUCAACAAUGCCAUGUCUUCUAUUUAUUCAGGUUGGAGCAGUUUCACUGUUGGAGCUAGCAAGUUUGCGUCUAUUGCUAAAGAUAAUACAACUAAACUGGCUAACCAAGCAACAUUAAAGGCUGCAGAGUUAGGACAGACAUUAAAUGAGAAUGUUAUCAAACCUACCCAAGAAAAGGUGAAAGACGGCAAAUUGCUAGAUGAAAUGACAGUUGGCAUCACUGGGCUGGCAAACAAGGUUCAGGGAGCUGGUGCAAAAUUGACAAAUCUCUUUACGGGAAAACCAGAAGAUGGGUCUGCUGGUGAGAGCUACCAGAACAUGGAUGCCACUGAGGGAUAUCAGGGCAGUUCUAGCCAGCCCAUGGCAAAGGACUUCUGGGAAACCUUUGGCAGCAACAACUCCUUAAAGGCCAAGAAAUCUCCCAGCAGCGAUAGCUGGACCAUCGCAGAUAAUUCUGCAAAGAAGAGCUCUGACAGUUGGGACAAUUGGGGCUCCGAAGCAGCGUCCAACAACAAGCACAGCACAGAGGAGAGCUGGGAGGCCUGGGACAACAACUGGGAGAACGCGGAGGGCAAGACGAAGAAGAGUCCCACAAAACCUGCUGAGGAAGCCUGGGAUAAUGCAGACUGGUAGUGACCAACCACAACCAUACAUCUCCUCACCUUUGUCCUGCCUCUGGCCUUUUCCCUUGUGUUUCUCUCUCUCCGUUCAUCUCACUGGCACUUUCAGGGAAAGACCUGCGUCAGCUUAAUUCCUAUCAAUCCAUUCAAAAUAUAUUUAUUAUAAACCCAAGAAACAAUAAUGAAGCUCUGGGUACAGCUGAGCUCAUAAGAUUAAUAUUCGUAAAAUGUAUAACUACAUUGACUUGUGGUCAUUUAUUUUUAUUGUAAAUUAACCUCCAUCACAACAAACUAAGAUAAAUCAGUGUAGAAAUGGUCAUAAUUGCCUGGGCUCCCCAAAUAUAAUAUGAUAAUGGUUUUCACCACACAAAAAAUGAUGCAUGCAAGAGAAAAUCUAACAUUGUAAAUAUAAAUCUUUGUAGAUACAGUAUGAUUGACUAAACACUAAAGACAUUAUUUUCUGUUUAAUCAGAUUGAUUUGUUCUGGACCUUUUGCACAGUUUGUUUUUGUAAAAUUGAUUUUGACAGAAAAGAGCCCUUUUCCACAGUGUGGCCACAACGUAUUAUGUUAAAUCAAAGGAAAUAAUAACCACUGUAACAAACUGGCUACCAUUAAUCAAAAAUCCAUCUGGAUAUAUAACAUUUAAAUGAAACAAUCAAAUGUGUAAAGAGGUAUGGCUAAGUGACCUUUUUAUAGUAUUAUUGUUUUUGUUUAUUUAUAUGUUUUUCUUAGAGAUGUGUAAACAGUAAAGGGGUUUGAAAUCAGAGAGCUGCUGAUGCAUCAUUAUGAUGCUAUCAAGAUGAAUUCAGUCUGUUCAGAGCAAAUUUAGUAUAUUAAAAAUUGUCCCUUUGGAAAAUGGAUAUGUUGCUUUAUGAUAAUUACAUGUAUUGUAUCACAUUGGCCCCGCGACCCUGUACGCCGGAUAAGCGGUUGACGAUGGAUGGAUGGUAUCACAUUGGUAGACGAGCUGAAAUGGAUGCAAUUCUUUUAAGAUUGAUGAGCUAUUGAAACCAGUUUUGAUUGGUUGAUAAAAAAUAAAUAAAACUAAAUUCUAAUAAAAUGUCACAAUCCCUGCCAAUAGUUAUUAAUCUACUUGGGGAGAGGAGGGGAAUUUAUUGUAAUAAUACUUAUAAAUAUAAUAACUUAAUAAUACUGUUUUUUUUCCUUUUCCUUUUUUCCUUCUACCUUAAAGCUGUCUGAUACUAUUUGAAUUGAAAUUAAGUGCCGGCUAACUUUCAAAUAAAGUAACCCAGGCUCAGGUUGGACCAGGCAUUUGGACAAACUUUCAUCCUCUUUAAAAUAACAUAACAGUAAGUAAUGGCUCACAUUACAAAAGCCACUUGUUGGACUUCAGCAGUUGUUUCGUUCGUAAUUUCGCAAUUUUAUUCUCACAUCGCAGCAUUUGGGAAUUUUGUCUAAAGCUCAAUAACUGGACACAGAUGGGGACUCUAGAUGACAAUGUCAACUGCAUGGUGUUGGCCGGUGAGACUGUAAUGUGUGACUUCAACUGAAGGUUACUGUAAAUUUAAUCUCAUAUGAAGCAACUGUGUGUGACCCCUUCUCCACAUCUGUGUUACUGCACCUUGCCUGUUAUGUAUUGUGAGGUUUCGGUGACGUCACUCUUGUAUAAACAUCGGAAGUGUGGAGUGACAUAAAUGAGGCUCAUUAUACGCCGGAUGCUUAGAUGGUCAUAGCUCUCAAACACUUGUAAUGAAUUAAUUUAACCCACCUAGUGCAUUCUUCAGUCAGAUAAAAAGGCAGCUGCACUCCCACUGUCCACCGUAGAUACCAAUGUAUCAUGAAAAGCUCACUGUUUUAACAAGAAGUAACGUAAUCGGUUUAAAAUUGGGUAUUUUACAAGCCUGAUACUCUUAAUCAUAUAAUAAUUCAAACUAGCUGUGGAGGUUUUAGAACUAGGCCGAUGUGCAACAACUGAGUUCCCUAUGUGGCCUUUAAUUCCUUGUAACAUGAGGUGUUGCAACUUUGUCGUACUGUAAAGUUUCUUUUCUUUGUACAUGUAAUAACCUACAGAUGCUCAGCCUUCGUGAAUGAUGCAAACCACUCAAACUAAACCCCAAUUUUUAUUAAGUUUGAACCAGUUCCAACUCCAGGUUUGGGUUUGAUUUGUCUACAUUUGUUUAAAAGUUGCAGAUAGCAAGUUACAGACAUCAGAAGACAUUUUAACAUGCUUGGUUUGCAUCUGAUUCUUUGAGCUCAGUGUCUGUGUUCAUGAAAAAGCCAGUAGUCAGUUAUUCACUGCCCCCUGAGCAGUGUACCAGUGCAAUAAAGCUGCUGGAUUAUGUUUGUUAUUAGUGUGUUAUAACACCCUGCUGUACCUCCUGUAGGCAGUGCUCAUUGGGCCUCAUGAUUGGUAAAAAAUACAAUUUUAGUAUCAGAGGUUUUAACACGUGAAGAAUAAAUCCAUUUCCUACCUCUAAGAAGUCUUCAGUUUACUGCCAAGUUUUCAGUAGGGAACAUGCUCUUUGUUUUUGUUUUUUUUCUCUUUUUUUUUUUUUUACCCUAACCUUUCAGCGUUGUUUUGAUGUAGACUUUAUCACAGCAGGCUUAGUUUGCUGCAGCUCAUUUUGUUUUUGCUGAAAGUUUUAAAGCAAAGUAACAAAGACUGGUCUGCAGUCUCUUCUCUGUGACGCUGCAAUGGUGUAAAGAGAAACAAAAAAAAGAUCACUCCUGGAACAUUUGUGUCGCUGAACCUCUGCAAUUAACGUGCUCAUGUAUGGCCAUGUGUUAAAAAACCUUAAACAGCUGUGAUUGCUUUCUGUUGAUGUCAGUUUGCCUGUGUGUCUGAUGCAGUGAGGUGUACAUGUCAGUAAACUACCAUCAGAUGUCAAACGAUUUAUUGUUACUCUCAGCCUCCUUCCAUAUAUUACUGAAGCUUUAUGUCAGAUAUUUAGUUUUUUUUUUUGUUUUUAUUUUAUUAUGGCUUGACAUGCAACAUAUACAUUGCCAGGAAAUGAAUGGAAGACUUUGUGCUGAGAUAUUUGACAGUUUAUAACAUGGAAAUAUUUGACCAGUCACUGGUCUGAAAUCUGUCAAAGAACUUAUAGUUCUCAAAUACCACAACUUUUUCUGUUGGUGAAUGUCCUGUCGAGGUUACUGGUACACUUGAUUGACGGAUAAACUGCAGAAUGUGUUACUAACUAAAAUGCAUCAAAUAGGUCUUGGUAUAAGGUGAUGAUUUUUCUUUUAUAAACCUGAUGAAAUCUGGAUCUAAUUCUAAACUUUAACUUUCUCGAGCAGCAGUUUAGCUUAGUGUCUGUGCCUGUCGAACAUUUGAGAUGGGGUAUGUCUAUGUUUGUUGAUGAAACUAUUGUCAGAAAUGCUAUUUUUGAUGUCAUGCAUGAGAUGUAAUGUGGAGCUAGAAACAUUUGGCUGUUAUUUGGUUUUAUGAAAGUUGUUUCCUCUGUGAAUUUAAGUGCAUUUGUCUGCUUUCCCCUUCAAGUUUCACCAGCAGCCAUCUCAUGAGGUGAGCCAUCUUUACAUACUCCGUUGAGGCUGUGGAUAUUUUUCUUGUACACAUGGUUUCUGUGCUCAAUAAAAACGUAUUGUGCCGUGAA